GAAAUCAACAAGACAACCGAGAGGAACACGGCUUCAGAGAUGCUUGAAUUGUACAGCCGGAAAAUCCUUCGAAUCUUCCUUCGGUUAAUUCUUCAUCCCCGCUGAUCUUUCAUAAUCCGCUUUCGAAGUUUUCCCAGAUCAUAUUUCAAGUUAUCUUUCCCCUAAAUUAUCAUGAUUUGCUAGCAAAUUGAGUUCAAUUCAACUCUGUUUGUUAGCAGCUUCAAUCUCAACCAAUGAAGUACACCUUGAUUCGCGCUUUAUUUGCCAAUUUCUUGCUCUUUUUUCUGUUGUUUGGAUCGAGUGAUGGCGUUCCAAACUUGGAAAUCUCGAAUGUCAAUCAUGCACCAGCGCGGCGGUCUCUAUUAUCUUUUCCGGAUAAUCUUGACACUGCUCUUGUUGCUGCCUUGGAUGGUACAAUCAAUAUGGUUUAUCGUGAGUCUGGGAGGAUUAUUUGGUCAUUUGCAUCAGGAUCACCAAUUUACUCUUCAUACCAGGCUCCUGUCGACCAUGAUGAUAAGGAAAAUGCAUCUGCGCUUGGAGGCAGCUAUUUUGUAGACUGCGGAGACGAUUGGAAGUUGUUUGCACACACAGAUCUUGGCAAAGUGAAUAUGGAUGUGAGUAUCGAGGAAUUCAUCAGAAUCAUGCCACAUGUAUCAGAGGAUGGAGGAGUUAUUCUCGGAUCCAAAACAACUACUGCAUUUGUGGUUGAUGCUAAUACUGGAAGGUUAAUACGAGUUCAUUACAGCUCGCCUGAUACUACACACACAUCAUCAAGCAAUGAGAGCUCGAAUUCUAUCAUCCAAAAAGCCAUUGUGAAGCAGGAAAAGUCUGAUGCCGUGGACGAAAAGCCUGAUAAACAGCUCUCCUUCACAAGGACAGAUUAUUUACUGACAUCAUUUGCUGCAAAUUCUGACAAAGUUUUGUGGAAUGUGACAGUAGCAGAGAUUGAUGUUGCUUUGCUUUGUCAAGAAAAUCCAAACUCAAUUACUGGUCCAUCUCGGUCUCUGCAUAAUGAUCUUCGUUCGAAAUCCAGUGUCAAUUUUGAUAUGCCCUUGUCAUGCCAGUCAAAAGCUGCUGUCCAUCGCUUACGUAGUCCUCAUAUUUGGGAUUAUUUUAAAACGAAUGGCAGACCGUCAGAAUAUAGAGCUCCAAUGCUGCUACUUCCCCCAAAUGAGCCUUUACUACCCAAUUCUGACAAGUCUCGAAAAUCUUACCCAAACAAUGACUUUGAGACCCAAACUGUGUUUUCUUUGUCUAGCCCGGAUCAGAAUGCACAAAUCCCUGACCCACAAGAUGUAAGAAAGCCCAACUAUAAAGUAAGUGUACUUGCUGAAGGGCGAAUAGCCUUUGUCAUAAUCUCAGCUCUCAUUGUUGUCAUUGGCUUUCUUAUGUAUCGCCACCAUACUUUGAUGGUUGCGAUGUUAAGAAAGCAGCCUGAUGCCAUGAAUGCAAAAUCCUCCUCUUCUAGAAGGAAGAGGCACCGGAAAUCAGGGAAGAAUUACGGCAACGAGGAUGGAAAUCUGGAGGUUGAUAGUGAAAAAGGUUCACCACUCAAUUUCAAUCACUUAAUUGAAUGUGACAUGGAAGGGCGCUCCAUAGGUAAACUAUUUGUGUCAAACAAAGAAAUUGCAAAGGGGAGUAAUGGCACUAUUGUCCUUGAAGGAAAAUAUGAAGGUCGUAAGGUAGCUGUGAAACGCCUUGUUAGGGCCCAUCAUGAUGUUGCCUUUAAAGAAAUUCAGAAUCUUAUUGCUUCUGACCAACAUCCGAAUAUUGUUCGUUGGUAUGGGGUGGAAUAUGAUCACGACUUUGUAUAUCUUUCACUGGAGCGUUGUUCUUGCAGCCUCUACGAUCUAAUUCAGAUGUAUUCGGAGUCAUUUCAGAAGCUGGGAUGUACAGAGGCUCAAGCACCAAAGGCUAUGACAGAUUACAAAGGCUGCUUAGAUUCGUUAAAUGGUGUCAUGCAUGACAUUCAUUUGUGGAGGCCAAAUGGCUACCCUUCCCAUAUCUUGUUAAAGUUGAUGAGGGAUAUAGUAUCUGGCCUGAUGCAUUUGCAUGAUUUGGGGAUUAUCCAUCGGGACUUGAAGCCUCACAACGUGUUGAUAGUCAAAGAAAAAUCCUUAUGUGGAAAACUUUCUGAUAUGGGCAUUAGCAGGCGUCUUGUUGGGGACAUGUCGUCAUUGGGACAUCAUACUACCGGUUCUGGAAGUUCAGGAUGGCAAGCACCUGAACAACUUCUUCUGGGGCGCCAAACACGUGCUGUAGAUUUGUUUAGCUUAGGUUGUGUCCUCUUUUUCUGCAUCACUUGUGGCAAACAUCCAUUUGGUGACCAUCUUGAACGUGACGUCAAUGUGGCCAAAAACCAAGUGAACCUCUUCUUGGUGGAGCACAUUCCUGAAGCAGUGGAUCUCUUCUAUCGGUUGUUAAACCCUCUUGCUGAACUCAGGCCAAAGGCAUCGGAGGUGCUACACCAUCCUCUAUUUUGGAAUUCCGAGAUGCGAAUGUCUUUUCUCCGAGACACUAGUGAUAGGGUAGAAUUGGAAGACAGGGAAGUUGAUUCCAUUAUUCUUAGAGCAUUAGAAAGCAAAGGUCCAGUGGCUUUGGGUGGAAAAUGGGAUGAAAAGAUGGAGCCUGCAUUUAUUACUAACAUUGGAAGGUACAGGCGUUACAAAUACAAUGGCGUUCGAGACUUGCUGCGUGUUAUUCGAAACAAAUUGAAUCAUUACAGAGAACUACCCAAGGAAAUUCAGACAUUGUUGGGAUCUGUACCGGAAGGAUUUGAUGACUAUUUUGCGAGUCGGUUUCCCCAACUCUUGAUGGAGGUAUAUAAUGUUAUGUACCAUUACUGCAAACAAGAAGAAUGGUUCCAUAAGUACUUAGAUCAUUAAUGUAUUGUAGCAACUCUUAAGUUAACUUGCUCCAUAAAUCCCUGCUAUAAGUUCUUCGUAUGUCAAUAUAUAUAUAUAUAUAUAUAUAUAUUUCAUAGUGUUAUAUCCAUGUAAAUAAGAUAUGUAAUACAGUAAUGUAUGAAACACAUCAGUAUUAAUGUCUAUAAAUCUUUGUUUC